CAUAAUGUGUGUGCCUCCUUUCUUCUUCAAGAUCUCAACUUGUAGGCAUAUUUCUUCUCUUUCCAACUCCUAACGCCGACUUUUCCAUCAAGUCGCAGAUUCAAAGUCUUUUCCAAGAAGUCAGAGCUGAAGCAGUAUGUUUUGAUUUUUCCGCAAGGGAUUUUUAGUUUUUUUGCCCAAGUACUUGGGUAGAAAAACAUGAUCAAAGUCCCACUAUUCUCUCGGCAGAUUUGGGGUUUUCGUCUUCUUCUGGAGUUCAACAGUACAGAUUUGCCGAGUCUUGGAUUUCGUUCUCUGGGUAUGUUUCAAUUUCCACUUAAAAAAAAUUGAUGUUUCUCGGUUCGAUCUGUUUGCACUGCUGCAAGAAUGGGAAGAUGUAAUUGCUGGGAAAUGUUUUGAACUUUAGAUAGAUUUGGGAAUGAUUAAAGUGAUGUCUUCUUAUAGAAAAGGCAGAAUUAAAGAAGCUGCUUUGCGUCGGUUGCUGUCUCUGAUUCUGAUCACUGUAUUAGGGGUAUUGUUAUUCCUGUUAGUGCUACUUAGGACCAAAUCAUUUGGUGCUUUAGUUACCAUUUACAGAAACGAGGGUUUCGAAAAUUUCGAAUUGAAGGAGUUUAGGAGAGAGCCCGUGAAGGAAUCAAACUCGAAUCUCCAUAAACAAAAUGAGGGUUUCGAAAAUUUGGAGUUGGUGGAGUUUAGGAGAGAGCCCAUGAAGAAAUCAAACUCACGUCUCCCGGAACAAAAUGAAUUGUCCAUCUCAUUGGAGUUGAAAAACCAGUUGCCUCCCAAGAACUUGGAUUUGUACCCAAAGUUAGCCAAGGAUCAUAUUGUGAUUGUUUUGUAUGUUCAUAACCGGCCCAAGUAUCUAAGGGUUGUAGUCGACAGCCUUUCCCGAGUUUCGGGGAUUCAUGAAACCCUACUGAUUGUUAGUCAUGAUGGGUACUUCGAUGAGAUGAACAAGAUUGUGGAAGAGAUCAGAUUCUGCCAAGUGAAACAAAUAUUCUCUCCUUACUCUCCCCAUAUAUUCAAUGGCAGAUUCCCAGGAAUCUCCCCAGGAGAUUGCAAGGAAAAAGACGACCCGGUUGAAAAGAACUGUACAGGGAAUCCUGAUCAGUAUGGGAACCACCGGUCACCAAAGAUUGUGUCUUUGAAGCAUCAUUGGUGGUGGAUGAUGAACACUGUUUGGGAUGGACUAAAAGAAACCCGAAAUCACGUGGGCCAUACCCUCUUCAUAGAGGAAGACCAUUUCAUUUUCCCAAACGCGUAUCGGAAUCUGCAGCUCCUUGUUGAACUAAAGCCCGGGAAGUGUCCUGAAUGCUACGCCGCAAAUUUGGCACCGUUGGACGUGAAGUCGAGGGGAGAGCGGUGGGAGAUUUUGAUAGCAGAGAGGAUGGGAAACGUGGGGUAUGCAUUCAACAGAACCGUUUGGAGGAAAAUACACGAAAAGGCGGGAACUUUUUGCACAUUCGAUGAUUACAAUUGGGAUAUAACGAUGUGGGCCACGGUUUACCCAUCGUUCGGUCAGCCCGUGUAUACAUUGCGUGGGCCCAAGGCGAGUGCUGUCCAUUUCGGGAGAUGUGGGUUGCAUCAAGGGACGGAUAAAGGUGCUUGCAUAGACGAUGGUUCCGUGAACAUUGAUCUUCAAGAAGAUGAUAAGGUUGUGAACAUCAAAUCGGAUUGGGGAGUGCAUUUGCACACACACCAAACAGGGUAUAAGGCAGGAUUCAAAGGUUGGGGAGGAUGGGCAGAUACACGGGAUCACCAACUUUGUCUGCAGUUUGCAAAGAUGUAUGCUUGAGGUUUGUUCUUUUGAACUUAUUAUAUACAUAUAUUGAACACGAAAAGAUGCUACGAGAUGUAAUACUUUAGGCAAGGUCUCUUGGUACUUUUACAGAUGAAUCUAGCUAUAACAUGAACAAUCAGAAUUUCUCAAGUUUUUUUUUCCUUUUUUCACUACCCCAGUUAUCUUUAGGUUGUGUGCU